AUCAACAAGAUAUGCGAAACUUCAGCUGGGCUGUCACUUCGGUUGGAUGUCUUCUGUAAGAGGAAUGGGAUUCCUACCGAGGAAAAGCAUUUUGUGUGUAGUUUUCUUCAUUAUUCUGCUUUCAGAGGGACAUUUCCGAUGGGUUGAAGCUCAGCACUGUGUGUGGUAUGGGGAAUGCGGGGAGUCGGAAAAGGUGCCUGGAAAAAAGUACAACUGCAACUACACUGGUCCCCCCAUCCCGCUGGAAAAAGAGGGUUAUGAACUUCUCACGGAACUUUGUCCUGGAUACGACUAUGGAAACCGGAGCCUCUGCUGUGAUACUACACAGUUGCACACUCUCAAAGGAAGUCUUCAGCUACCCCUUCAGUUUUUGUCUCGAUGUCCUGCAUGUUUCUUCAACCUGAUGAACCUCUUCUGUGAGCUGACAUGCAGCCCCCACCAGAGCCAGUUCAUGAAUGCCACCCAGGUUAAGGGUUUUAAUGUACUGGAAGUGCAGUACUACAUCGGACAGACAUUUACAAAUGCCAUGUAUAACGCCUGUAAGGAUGUCCAAGCACCAUCUAGUAAUGUGAAGGCGUUGUCACUGCUUUGUGGGAAGGAUGCAAAUGAGUGCAAUGCUACAAACUGGAUCCAGUAUAUGUUUGAUAUCAACAAUGGACAGACCCCUUUUCCCAUCAUUCCAAUAUUCUCAGAUGCCCCAGUGUCCGGUUAUGAUCCCAUGAACAACCAGACGUAUAACUGUACAGAGGGUUUAGAGGACGGUUCAGGCCCCUGCUCCUGUCAGGACUGCUCAAAAGCCUGUGGCCCCAGACCUGUGCCUCCCCCUCUCCCCUCUCCAUGGACGAUCCUUGGUAUGGAUGCCAUGACUGUCAUCAUGUGGAUCUCUUACAUGGCCUUCCUACUAAUCUUUAUUGGGACUGUAGUGGCAGCUUGGUGUUACAGGAAAAGGACCAUCAUGUCUGAAUAUGGCCCCAUAUUGGACAGCAAUAACCCAUUAUCUCUCAACAGUGAUAACCCUGACCAAGUUAACGCAUCCUGCUGUGAAACACUUGGCGAACGCUUCGAGAACAUUCUGCGAAUCAUCUUCAGCUCCUGGGGCUCUUUCUGCGUGCGCCGUCCCUCUCUGGUUAUACUGGGAAGCCUGGUAGUCAUAGCCGCCUCUUCUGGAGGUCUGAUGUACAUGCGCAUCACCACAGACCCAGUUGAUCUGUGGUCGUCUCCCACCAGCCAGGCUCGCCAAGAAAAAGACUACUUCGACAGCCACUUCGGACCCUUCUUUAGGACUGUGCAGCUCAUUAUUACCACUCCGCUUGUCAAUGACACUUACUUGUAUUCACCAUACUUUGGAGGAUCAGAUGUCCCAUUUGGAGCCAUCUUGAACAAAGAACUCCUGCAUCAGGUGCUGGAUCUGCAGCUCGAAAUCGAAGACCUUGUAGCCACACAUGAGGGUGAAAAUGUCACCUUGCAAGAUCUCUGCUUGGCACCGCUGGCUCCUUACAAUAACAACUGUACCAUCUUGAGUGUCCUCAACUACUUCCAGAACAGCCACUCAGUUCUGGACCACAGCAUAGGAGACGACUUCUUCACCUAUGCCGACUUCCACAGCCACUUCCUCUACUGUGUCAGUGCACCAGCAUCCCUCAAUGACACUACCCUCCUCCAUGACCCUUGUUUAGGCACAUUUGGUGGCCCUGUGUUCCCAUGGCUGGCUCUGGGUGGAUAUGAUGAUACAAACUACAACAACGCCACUGCUCUCGUGAUAACCUUCCCCCUCAACAACUACCUGAAUGACUCAGUCAAGAUGGACAAAACUCUGGCGUGGGAGAAAGAGUUCAUCAGCUUCAUGAAGAAUUAUAGCAACCCCAACCUGACCAUCGCGUUCAGUGCAGAGAGGAGCAUUGAAGAUGAGAUAGACAGAGAGAGCGACAGUGAUAUUAGCACCAUAGUGAUCAGCUAUGCCAUCAUGUUUAUCUACAUCUCUCUAGCUCUGGGUCACAUCCACAGCUUCAGGAGGUUACUGGUGGACUCUAAGAUUUCUCUGGGUAUUGCUGGCAUCCUGAUCGUGCUCAGCUCUGUGGCCUCCUCACUGGGGAUCUUCAGCUACUGUGGUAUUCCCCUCACCCUCAUUGUGAUUGAAGUCAUUCCUUUCCUUGUGCUGGCUGUGGGAGUGGACAACAUCUUUAUUAUAGUGCAGACAUACCAGCGGGAUGAGCGGCUGCCACAGGAGGAACUUCACCAGCAGAUCGGUCGUAUUCUUGGAGAUGUAGCCCCCAGCAUGUUCCUCUCCUCCUUUUCCGAGACAGUGGCUUUCUUUUUGGGAGCGCUGUCCAACAUGCCUGCCGUGAGGACGUUCUCUCUGUUCGCUGGCUUGGCUGUCUUUAUUGAUUUCCUGUUGCAGAUAAGUUGCUUUGUCAGCUUGCUUGGCCUGGAUGCUAAAAGACAGGAGACUAAUCGACUCGACAUCUGCUGCUGUGUGAAGCUGCCAGAGGGUCAGGAAACAAAGACACAGAGCCUCCUCUUCUGGUUUUUCAAGAAAGUCUAUGCUCCAUUCAUCCUCAAAGAGUGGGUGCGCCCUAUCAUAGUUUCAGUGUUUGUGGGAAUGCUCUCCUUCAGCAUUGCUGUGGUGAAUAAAGUAGAAAUUGGGCUGGACCAGAAACUCUCUAUGCCUGACGACUCCUAUGUGCUGGACUACUUCAGGAAUAUGAGCAUGUACCUUCACACUGGUGCUCCAGUGUACUUUGUGGUGGAGGAAGGUAUAAACUACAGUAGCCCAGAAGGUCAAAAUGUUGUGUGUGGAGGAGUUGGCUGCAACAACAACUCUCUAGUCCAGCAGGUCUACACCGCCUCUCUCAUUAGCAACUACACAACCAUUGCCUUCACUCCGUCCUCUUGGCUCGAUGAUUACUUCGACUGGGUGAAACCUCAGUCGACCUGCUGUCGAUACUACAACUCCAGCGGAUCUUUCUGCAAUGCCUCAGUGGUGGAUCCCUCUUGUGUUCACUGUCGACCGUUGACCCCCGAAGGGAAGCAGAGGCCAGAAGGAGAGGACUUCAGGCGCUUUCUACCCAUGUUCCUGUCAGACAAUCCAAAUCCUAAGUGUGGAAAAGGUGGUCACGCUGCCUAUGCAACAGCAGUUGACCUCUCCCCUGACAAAAAGGAGGUCGGAGCCACUUACUUUAUGACGUAUCACACCAUACUGAAUGAAUCCUCUGACUUUAUACACGCUUUAAAAAUGGCCCGAACCCUGGCUGAAAAUAUCACUGAGUCCAUCGGCCACAAAGUCUUUGCCUACAGUGUCUUCUACGUCUUUUACGAGCAGUACCUCACCAUCGCCUACGACACCGCUCUGAACCUGAGCGUCUCGCUGGCAUCUAUCUUUGUGGUGACGACCGUGUUGCUGGGCUUCGAGCUGUGGUCGGCUGUGGUCGUCAGCAUUACCAUCGCCAUGAUCCUGGUCAACAUGUUUGGGGUCAUGUGGCUUUGGAACAUCAGCCUCAAUGCAGUCUCUCUAGUGAACCUGGUCAUGAGUUGUGGUAUCUCGGUGGAGUUCUGCAGUCACAUUGUGCGAGCGUUUUCCAUCAGUGUGAAGAAGAACAGAGUGGAGCGGGCCGAGGAGGCUCUGGCUCACAUGGGCAGCUCCGUGUUCAGUGGAAUCACAUUAACAAAGUUUGGAGGGAUCGUCAUCCUGGCACUUUCAAAGUCUCAGAUUUUUAAGGUCUUCUACUUUAGGAUGUACUUGGCCAUCGUGCUGCUAGGAGCCGCACACGGCCUCAUCUUCCUUCCUGUUCUGCUCAGUUACAUCGGUCCCUCUGUAAACAAAGCAAAGGUGUUUGCUUCCAACAAACGUUUCAUUGGUACAGAAAGGGAGCGCCUCCUCAACUACUAGCAGGCCGGUUGGAAUGACAGUGAACAAUGAACUAUCUAUUAUUAAGGGAGUGACUGUAUGGGUGUGGGCGCGGGCCGUUUCUGUGAUUACUGACGCACUCAUCAUCAUUUCCUAUGCAAGGAUAUAACUCAGGAAUAUACCCAUGAAGAGGAGUACCAGAGGCCUUGUCAGACUGCCAAAUUAUUGAUUUUCUUCAGAAGACUUUGGACCCCCCGACGUUGCCCCUCCUCCUUCCACUUUUCAUCGUCACACUACAGGGAACUUUGGCAACAGAGAAACUACUCUGACAGUGUGGAAGUAGGAGAAACACCACGUCAAACGUCAGCUAACAGAUGAACUCCCUGCUAACUCAUUAUGCUAAAAGAUAUUUGGAUUUGGGAAAACUAAAGUGUGAAACACGUCGGUUUAUUUGUGUUUUUUAAGAGGAAACUAAAGUGUAAAAAGACAUUUUUGAAAACUUGACUUUUGUAGAGCUAUUUGAUAUCAUGAAUCAUUUACGAUGCACACACAGCACACACUGGGGAGCUAACAGACAGAAAUAAUAUCAUAGCUCCUUAUAAACUGGCAUUAGCAUGUAUCAGAUCUGGGGCUUUAUUGAUUUACUGUAAUGUAUAACAGGCAUGCUAGUUUUGCCUUGCAUUGAUGUGUUUCUGUGCAGCUUUUAAAGAUUUGAACGGCUGGUUUUGACUACUACUUUGGAUUUAUAAUGAACUUUGAGUUUAAAGCUCCUGUGAGGAAGUUUUGUUUAGUUUUAAUUUUGCACCCCCUAUGGACAAGGCAGUAUCUCAUGCAGAAGUUGUACUUUUUGGGGGGAAAAACCCAUCUAGUUGUCUUUUAAUAGUCAAAUAUGUCACUCAUUGUGAAUCUUGGCCUACGAAAAUUUAAAGCUAGCAAAAAUUUUUCACAGGAGCUUUAAAUGACUGACUUUAAGGUUAGGGAGAAAUUGUAUCUCUUUUCACCCUUUGCACAAGUUUUGCAAGAGCAAAAUUCCAUCAUGCAGUAGCUCCGGAAUACAUUGCAUAACAUUACCAUCCAAAUACUCUAGCACAAUAUGCCUUCAUCGAUGCAUGAGGCUCAUAAAGCGGCAUUUGCAGGUCUUUAAUUUCAAGAUUACCAAGUAGCUACAUAACCUGGUGCAACAUUUCAUUUUAGCUAAUUAUUCUUAAGUGUCCUUUUGAAGUGUUUGCAUGACUCUGGUGCUUUCAUGGAUGGUCCCAUCAGCAACCCCCUGUGUGCUAUCAGUCAUAGAUACAUGCUGAUGCCAGGUUUUUAAGGUGCUGUCAUGCUAAUAAUGGUUUUACACUGAAGAUUUUGCAGUUACUGAACAACUUUUUGUUGCAUAGAAAGGUGAAGAGUUGAAGCUUCAUGUUGAAAUGUAGAUAACUAACCAGGACUGCUUUGGAUUUAUUCAUUCAGCUUGAUAUGUUAAUACAGAAUAUUGUUAUAAAUAUACAGCAUUACAGUCCUGGCUUUAACAUUCCCGCUCGGUUAAGUCGUCAUUAUUUUUUUAUUUUUAAUUAUUAGCAUUUUGUUACCAUGCUUUUGCUGUUCACAGUAUGAAAUCAUGGAAGAGAACAGCAUCAUUCUUUGUUUUUAAGUUUUGUUUUCAAUGUGCUUUUUUUCCUUGAGAUGCAGUUAAGUUUGUUGCUGCAAAAAAGCAGUAUACUGAAAAGUAAAAUCAUGGAACUAAGUGAGAAAUUUUUAUCAUCAAUAAUGCAGACAUGUUAACAGUGCUGUGCAUUGACAUGGACAAAUCACCGCAGAAUGAUUGUGACUUAAACAUUUGGAUUCUUUAGUUUUAAACAUUUUUAACACAUUAAAUUGUUCUCAUGGAAAUGUGUCUACUUCAUUUGGAUAUUUGCAGGAAGACAAAGAAGAUAUGCCCACUCACUCCUCUUCUUCCUGUUUUUCUUUUAAUAGCCCUGCAUCUACGUGACAUGCACAUAACCAGCCCUUUUCUUGAUAUAUCCUGAAGGAUAUGGCUCAAAAAAUCAUUUUUCAUGCUUAUUUUUGCAGUUAUUUUGAUUAAAGCCUCAAGGUGAACCAAAAUAGAAAAAAACAUUUCCAAUUUUUGCAUCUUCUGUCAACUUUUAAGAACAAAGUCAGCAUAUCUAUUAUCUUGUUAUGCUGUUUUUAAUACCAUAAGGUUAAAAGAACUGCAGUGGAGGCCUCUGUUGCAUAUGCAACACACUUUUUGGUUGAGAUUGCUCAUACUGACCACAGUGUGGCGCUUGAAUCCACUCAAGUGUUUCUGUCUGCAUCGUGCUCCCAGUAUUGUAGUGGGAGUGACCUAAUUUAUGCUCCUUGAAGAGAAGCAGUGGUUGCCAUGCUUCUUACACACUCACUAAAUUACACUCUGCAGAGGACAGUGUCUUCAAAGUCCACAUAGUUUCUGUGUGCAGUCGGAUGUUCUGUGUAUAAAUCUGCAGUAUUUGGAUAUUUACCCCCAAACUUCACAGGCCGUUAGCCACUAACAUCCCAUGUGUGAGUCUGUGCCAAAGCCCAAGCCGUGCACUUCCUCACGGCGAGUGUUGUUGUGUCUGUCUGUCCUGUUCUGUUGUCACACAAACCUCCAGCUCAUGACUUAUUUAUCCGCUGGCCCUGUGAGAGCGGGGACUGUUCUUUGGCAGGGAGAUUAAAAUAUUAAUUUCCUCUGCAGGUCCUGCUCGGCUGUCUGGGGGAGAAUACAUGCAGGUUGUGAGAGAACUAUUAUGUAAGAUGUGCAUGGCUUGACUCUCACCAGAGUUGAACCUGUCCCCUAUUCUUCAUUAUGACAGAAAGGCA